AUGACCCAUCAAGUCGCGACCCAGUCCAGUCGCCCCGAGGAGCCGCAGUGUUAUAACUGCGGUGGCAUGGGACACUGGGCUGUCGCCUGUCCAGAGCCAACACGCGAGACACCAGCCGGACUUGCGGCUUGGAGAACUGCCUCUGCGACGCGACCCGGAAGCGGCCGCGCGCAACAGAGUGACGGUAGAAAGUCUAAAGGGCCCAUCAUCACCAAGUACGGUCCUCCACCACCUCCCGCAGGCUAUGACGAACAUGCCACCUCUGCCUUUUCCAAUUCCUCAAAACUAUCUGAGAGGAACGUCCGUAGCAUCAACGGACACAAGGAUCGGGACAAUGACGACAGAAGCUCCACCGCGAGGAACAGAACGAAAUCCGAGUCAUCGGUGCAAGACGAUGUUGAGGGUGAUGGCCGGCCACCCAAGAGAUUCCGACGCAGCAGUCGAGACCGAUCGCGGAGCACCAGCAGAAAUCGAGACAUUGACGAUCUGCCGCCUCUAGAUCGACGAAGGUCGCGCUCACUGCAGCGACGUUCUAGCCCUUCUCGUUCGCCCCGAUCAAGAACCUCAUCAGUCUCAAGCCGGUCCUCAGAUCUCAACUCACUUGAAGCAGAGCUGCUUGGAGUUUCGGCCCGCAGGCCUUCGACAGACUCGGAGGCGCGGCGCCGGCCAGAGAGAAUUGCUCCCCCCAAGGCGAAGCGUCGCAAGCCUACCAAUUCGGCCUUUAGUCGCCGAUGGUAA